AUGGGGUUCAGUCCAUUGUCGCUGCUCGUCCUCCCUUCCAUCCUGUGUGCAUCCAUACCUCUCGCCGUAUUCGCAACGUUCACCACCAUCUUCGCCUUCAGCGUGCUCAUCAUCCGCGCCCUGCUCAUCUACGUCGACUUGGCGCUCUAUCUCCUCCCGCGGUCACAGAUCCAGAAUGCCGCCAAGCCCACCACACCUCUCCCGCCGAACUCGCCGGUACUCUCUACCUCGCUGGUCAAAAGGCAUUGCCACAGGCGUCGCCGCUCCUCCGUCGCCUCCUCCACCGUUUCCGACCCGCCCACAAGCCUGGGCCUCAUCCCCUCCUUGGGCCCGGACAGAGACUACGAAGGCAUAGGCGGCUGGCGCGUCAGCAACGGUACGCAGGAAGAAAAGGAUGACCCCUGGGUCACCGUGAACCCGCGACCGACGAGCUCGCACGCUUAUCACCACCGUACACCGAGCGCAGGGCCGACGACCCCGGGCACGGAGGGCUACCUCGUCAUGAAGCGCAGAAGUCCAAAGGUCGGCAUGUCGCCCAACAGCUCGAGGGCGAGGACGCCGACUGGUAUUCGAGGGGCCGGACUGCAGGCCGAUGGAUACUUUGCUCUAAGUCGGAAUACCUCGCCCAUGCCCGCCAAGAAGGGAUGA